UUUUGGGCAACGUUAAAUGCCCAACACCUCCUUUCUUAUCCCUUAAAUACACUAAAUACCAGCAAUUAAGAACUGUCAUGUCAUUAUUCUUACAAUUAUGCUGUGUUUUCGUCUCACACACGUGAAUCCAAUGAAUUCUAAAAACCCCAUUAAAUACCCACAAAUUAUCAAUUGCGAAAAACCAUCAAAAUCAUUUCUUGAUAUCUUACACAUUUCCUGAUAAUUACUGAUGGAGAAUUCUGGUAAAAGGGUUUUGCUAACCUCUAAUGGGGAUGACGUUUCUGUUAACAUUGCUUACAAUUUGGCUAAACAAGGCUGCAGGCUGGUUUUAAUGGGUGAUGAAGGCUGUCUGCGAAAUAUCGGUGAUAGGAUAGCUGAUUCUAUAAAGGAUAAAAAUGCAAUUGAAGUCGUAGGAUUGGAUAUGGAGGAUGAUAGAGAGGCGGUCUUUCACGGUGCUGUGGAGAAGGCGUGCAAUUUCCUUGGAAAGUUGGAUGCCUUUGUGAAUUGUUAUGCUUAUGAAGGAAAAAUGCAAGACCCUUUAAAGAUGGCCGAAGAUGAUUUCAAGAAAACCUUAAAAGUAAAUUUUAUGGCAGUCUGGUUCUUCGUAAAAGCCGUUGGAAUUAAAAUGCGCGACCAGAGAACAGGAGGAUCCAUUGUACUUUUGACUUCAAUAAUUGGUGCUGAGAGAGGAUUAUACAAGGGAGCUGCUGCUUAUGGCUCAUGUUUGGCUGGAAUUAAUCAAUUAGUGAGGAUUAUGGCAAUGGAGAUAGGGACACACCAGAUCAGAGUUAAUGGAAUUUCCCGUGGCUUGUACAUUCAAGACGAGUACCCAACUUCAGUGGGGAAAGAGCGUGCGGAGAGGUUGGUGAAAGAUGCAGCACCUCUGCAAAGAUGGCUAGAUCCUAAAAAGGAUUUAGCUUCAACAGUUAGUUAUCUAAUAAGCGAUGGCUCACGAUAUAUGACCGGGACUACAGUAUUUGUCGAUGGAGGUCAGUCUCUGACUAGGCCUCGGAUGCGAUCUUAUAUGUGAGUCUGCUAGCUGAAUUGGCAAGCUAGUCUAUUUGGAGUCAAAAUCUACAAUUGCUGAAUAUCAUUUUAUCAUCACAGUUAGAUACAACCUUUCACUAUAGGAGGUAUAUUUAUAGGAGGUUUAAUUGUUACUGAAUUUGUCAACUCAUUAUCUUUUUUGUUGUAAAAAUAAAAGUUGCCAUUAAUAUAAUAUAAAUGAUCAAGUUAAUCAUCCAGCUUGUUGGGCCCUAGUUUUUGUGUAGGUGUCAUUUAUAUCAUUUAGAAAAUUUGCUGAUUGCUGAUGCAACUUGGAAGAAGCAAUGUAUGGUUUGGAAUUGGAAAGGCAGCAUUAUAUUUUGAAACUUUGAUCUA